AUGGCUAUUUUCCUUGCAUUUCUUGGUGCGGUCUUGGUGCUCUGUUUUUGCUCUGCUCUCUUGAGGUGGAAUGAAGUAAGGUACAUGAGAAAAGGUUUGCCUCCAGGCACAAUGGGGUGGCCUAUUUUUGGAGAGACAACUGAGUUCCUUAAGCAAGGUCCAAACUUCAUGAAAAACCAGAGGGCAAGGUAUGGCAGUUUUUUCAAAUCCCACAUACUGGGUUGUCCUACCAUUGUAUCCAUGGAUCCGGAGCUUAAUAGGUACAUACUGAUGAAUGAAUCCAAAGGGCUUGUCCCAGGUUACCCACAAUCCAUGUUAGAUAUCCUAGGCAAAUGCAAUAUUGCAGCUGUUCAUGGUUCCACUCACAAAUACAUGAGAGGGGCACUGCUUUCCAUCAUUAGCCCUACCCUAAUCAGAGAUCAGCUUUUACCAAAAAUUGAUGAGUUCAUGAGAACUCACUUAAGUGACUGGGAUAACAAAGUCAUCAACAUUCAAGAGAAAACUAAAGAGAUGGCAUUUCUCUCAUCCCUGAAGCAGAUUGCUGGUAUGGAAUCCAGCUCAAUAUCUCUGCCUUUCAUGACAGAGUUCUUCAAGCUGGUUUUAGGAACUCUCUCUCUACCUAUUGACCUUCCUGGCACUAAUUAUCGCCGUGGAUUGAAGGCAAGGAAGAGUAUUGUUAGCAUUCUGAGUCAGUUGCUAGAGGAAAGGAGAGAAUCCAAAGAUACCCAUGUAGACAUGCUUGGUUGCUUGAUGGGAAGAUAUGAAAAUCGAUAUAAACUAACUGAUGAGGAAAUCAUUGAUCUAAUUAUUACAAUUUUGUAUUCUGGUUAUGAAACUGUCUCAACUACAUCAAUGAUGGCCGUGAAGUACCUCCAUGACCAUCCCAAAGUUCUCCAAGAAAUCAGAAAAGAGCAUUUUGCCAUAAGAGAAAGGAAAAAGUCAGAGGAUCCAAUUGACUGUGAUGAUCUCAAGGCAAUGAGGUUUACUCGCGCGGUGAUUUUUGAGACCUCGAGAUUGGCUACAAUAGUUAAUGGGGUUCUGAGAAAAACAACUCACGACAUGGAACUGAAUGGCUACUUGAUUCCUAAAGGGUGGAGGAUUUAUGUAUAUACAAGAGAGAUCAAUUAUGACACAUUUCUGUAUCAUGAGCCACUAACUUUCAACCCAUGGAGAUGGCUGGGUAACAGUCUAGAGUCACAAAGCCACUUCUUGAUAUUUGGAGGAGGUACAAGGCAGUGUCCAGGAAAGGAGUUGGGGAUAGCAGAAAUUUCCACUUUCUUACACUAUUUUGUAACUAGAUACAGGUGGGAAGAAGUGGGAGGAGAUAAACUAAUGAAAUUUCCUAGAGUUGUAGCACCAGAUGGACUGCACAUAAGGGUCUCAUCUUACUAACUAGGC